AUGCCCUCUACAUCUGCGGCAGCGGUGACAAAACGAAAACGUCCUGCGUUCUCUCCUCCACGGCCAAAAACGUCGAAGGCCACUAGGAAUGGAGCUUCUAGACCUAGCACAGGCAAAGCUGAUGGCCGUGCAUCAUCCUCCAAACAGUCUAAACAAGAUCCUCUGACCUCAUCCACAUCAUCUGAGUCUGAUUCUACAGCAGAGUCUGAGCCCCAAUCUGCUUCUCGUUCUCCAUCACCGCACUCAGAACCGGACUACAUACUUGCCGAAGUCACACAUGCCGAGGGCGCUGAAGAUGAAGAACCGGUCAUACCAUUAGCGCUCGUCCAUACCCUCCUCAAUUACCACUUCGGUGACAAAGACAAGACCCGCAUUGCCCAGGAUGCAAAAGCAGUCAUUGGCAAAUACAUCGAUACCUUUGUACGAGAAGCCAUAGCGAGGAGCGCAUUCGAGAGGCAAGGAAAAGGCGCGGAAGAAGAAGCAGGAGGGCUGAAUGGUAGAGGGGAUGACGGCUGGCUCGAGGUGGAAGAUCUCGAGAAGAUGGCACCCCAGCUUGUGUUGGACUUCUGA